CCUUGCACGGCCUGAAAGCAGUUCACUCUGAUGACGUCACUUGCAGAGUUGUCAUGGCGUCUUUGGGACUGAAGCUACCGCUACAAUUUAGCUAAAAUCUGUCGACAGCCUGUCUAUCGAAAUGGAGAAAAAUGCAAACUUGCAUCGAGAGACUGACGGGAGCUCUCUGUGUGCCUCGCUCGCGGGAGAAAUGGGCGACGUUACGGCUGUGGGUGGCGUGAAAGGAGCAGGCGACAAAUGCAAGAACAGUGAGGCUCCUCUCAGUACUUUGGUUACCGUUAGUAGUAGUAUCAGCACCACAAAUGUGAGCGCUCCGAGCACCGUCAGUGCUCUUCCCAGUGCUGGGAAGUGUGACGUGCCAGAAGUUAUCGAAGUCCUCCCCGUGCCGGAGGAGCAGAAGAAAGACACCGACGCGAGCGGGCGGCUGUCGGGGUCUGGGGAUCGGAUCAGUAACGGUAUGGGACAUGACUCGGUGCAGGCAGCAGAAGACACCCAGGGUGGUGCCUCAAAGUUAGUAAACAAGAAGAGCGACGGCCCGUCCUCGCCUCCCGCUACGGGGGGCGCAAACACACCGGCUGAGCUCUCGGCUGGUGGGGAAAGUGAACCGGCGAAACUUGCCAAACCGACCAAUCUGUGUCCAGACAAUGUCGCCUCGUUAGACGUCAAGUCGGCUCUGUCCGGGGAGCCCACUUUAUCUGAGGGAUUGCCGAGUGGGAGUGACCCCGAUCCCAGCCUGGGUGGGGAGUCCCGAAGCAUAGAUUCCCUGGAGUCCUUCUCCAACCUCAACUCGUGCCCCAGCUCGGACCUGAACAGCGAGGGCCUGGAGGACAAGGGGCUGGCCCUGGCCCUGCAGAGCGAGUUUGGGGCCGACGGCACCAAGACUUCGUGCGCAAAAGAUCGAGCCGCCGGCCAGUCCAUUUACCACAUUAAGUGGAUCAAGUGGAGGGAGGAGAACACACCGAUCAUCACUCAGAACGAGAACGGCCCCUGUCCACUACUGGCCAUCAUGAAUGUCCUCCUGCUUGCAUGGAAGGUUAAGAUGCCUCCUAUGAUGGAGAUCAUAACUGCUGAGCAACUGAUGGAGUAUCUUGGUGACUACAUUCUCGAAACCAAACCUAAAGAGAUCUCGGAGGCUCAGCGGCUAAACUAUGAACAGAAUAUGAGCGAUGCCAUGGCAGUGUUGCACAAGCUGCAGACGGGCCUGGAUGUGAAUGUGAAGUUCACAGGGGUGCGUGUGUUUGAGUACACACCCGAGUGCAUCGUGUUUGAUCUGCUCGACAUCCCUCUUUACCACGGCUGGCUUGUUGACCCCCAGAUGCAGGACAUUGUGAAGGCAGUGGGCAACUGCAGCUACAACCAGCUGGUGGAGAAGAUAAUAUCCUGCAAACAGUCUGACAGCAGCGAGCUGGCAGGGGAAGGUAUUGUUGCGGAGCAGUUUCUGAGCAGCACGGCCACUCAGCUGACUUACCAUGGCCUGUGUGAGCUCACAUCCACUGUACAGGAGGGAGAGCUCUGCGUCUUCUUCAGGAAUAACCACUUUAGCACCAUGAUCAAAUACAAGGGCCAGCUGUACCUUCUGGUUACAGACCAGGGUUUCCUGACGGAGGAGAAGGUGGUCUGGGAGAGUCUGCACAAUGUCGAUGGGGACGGCAACUUCUGUGAUUCUGAGUUCCGGUUGCGACCCCCCUCCGAUCCAGAGACCGUGUACCGGGGCCAGCAGGAUCAGAUAGACCAGGACUAUUUGAUGGCGCUGUCGCUGCAGCAGGAGCAGCAAAGCCAAGACCUGCAGUGGGAGCAGCUCCCCGAAGGCAUCAGCGAUCUGGAGCUGGCCAAAAAGCUCCAGGAGGAGGAGGACCGGCGAGCCUCCCAGCCCACGUCUAAAUUUGUUCCCUCGUGCCUCUGGCACCUGUUUGUGCGGCAGGGCCAGCAGGAGGCCGGCGGGGCGGGCGAGGUGGAGCGAGGAGGCGCGGGAGCAGGUGCGGCCGGGGCGGCGGCGGCCGGCGCUGCCACGGCGGCGGCGGCCGGAGCCACGCCCAGCCCCGGAAAGCAGCCGGCCGGCGGGGAGCGCAAAGCCAAGAAAGAGGCGAAAGACAAAGACAAGUGUGUUAUUUUGUAA